AUGGUCUCCUGGGUCAUCUCCAGGCUCGUGGUGCUUAUAUUUGGCACUCUCUACCCUGCGUAUUACUCUUACAAAGCUGUAAAAUCGAAGGAUAUUAAGGAAUACGUAAAAUGGAUGAUGUAUUGGAUCAUAUUUGCAAUAUUCACAACCAUAGAGACAUUCACGGACAUUUUUCUUUGCUGGUUUCCAUUUUAUUAUGAACUCAAAAUAGCUUUUGUAGCUUGGUUGUUGUCUCCGUACACAAAGGGCUCCAGCCUGCUAUACAGAAAAUUUGUACACCCAACACUGUCCUCAAAAGAGAAGGAAAUUGAUGACUGCUUAAUACAAGCAAAAGAUCGAAGUUACGAUGCCCUGGUGCAUUUUGGGAAACGGGGAUUGAAUGUUGCAGCAACAGCUGCUGUGAUGGCGGCUUCCAAGGGUCAAGGAGCUCUAUCAGAGAGGCUGCGCAGCUUUAGCAUGCAAGACCUCACCGCCCUCCGAGGAGAGAGCAGCAGCACCGCCAUCCCGCCUCCUCCUGCCCAGACCUCUUCUGUGCGAAAAAACAGCAAGCAGAGCCAGCCCAAAACAUCCAGAACUGCACCAGAAAGUCCUGGAUGUUCAGUGUGUUCAUGUUGUUUGGAAUGCCGAAUCGUUCCAGUGGUUGAACUAGAGGGUGAGGCAGAGAGUGGAGUGGUAGCUGAGGAAAGCAGCGAACCAGCUAAAGUCGUGUUCUCGUGUGAUGAAAACUCUUUCGAAUGUGCAUCCAAGACUAAAAGACCUAAAAAGGAUGAAAUCAUUGAGGCACCACCCAGAAGCAUUAGACCUCGCUUCCGGAAGAAAAGUACCUCACCAUUUACCACUGAAACCCUGUGA